AGUGCUGGGGUUUGGGGCGUCCUCCAACCUGCCUGGGUCUGAUAUGACCUUAAAUAAAAGUCAAAUGCAAGCGUCCCCAUGGCUGUGCUAAGUUUUCCAACGUGUACGAAUUCUUGCCUCAAACGCAACCUCAGCCACCGGGCCUGGAUUUGAUGCUCAGCGAGGCAAGAAAAGAAACACCUGAAGCAGAAACCUUGUCCCCGGUGGUUCCACUCAACCCGGGCUAAGCCAUCUCCUGUCAGUCAGGGCCUGUGGGGGUGGGGCCUGGAGCCCUGUCCAAUCAGAGGUAGAGAACGGCCCAAUGACGCCCGCCGCCAGAGCGGAAAGGGCGGGCUUUCGCGCUGGGCCUUUGUCUCCCGAGCGCGCUCUAAGAGUCCCUCACGGGGUCCACUGUCUUCCGCUCUGGCGUUCAGGGCCGCUCCGCCGUUCAGGGCCGCUCGGCCUCUGCCUGUUCUCCCUGUCAGCUGCCCGCGCGGGGACUCGAGGCACGAACGCCGGGCGUCCGGCAGCUGGAGGCGGAAAUGUUGACAUUCAGGGAUGUGGCCAUUGAUUUCUCUGUAGAAGAGUGGGAAUUCCUGGAGCCUGCUCAGCAGAAUUUGUAUAGGGAUGUGAUGGUAGAGAACUAUAAAAACCUCCUCUCUUUGGGGUUAGCUGUCACUAAGCCAUACCUGAUCACCUUUCUGGAGCAAAGCAGGGAACCCUGGGAUAUAAACAGUCAAGGGACAGCAGCCGUAAAUCCAGCUGUGUCUUCUUAUCAUAUUCAAGGAUUUUUAUCAGAGAAGGACAAGAAACAUUCAUUUGAAAAAGUGGUAAAUCAAAGAUCUGGAAAUUGUGCCUUUAGCAAUUUGCACUUAAUGAGAUACUGGAAAAUUAGUAAGUGUGAAGAUGAGAAUCCAUUUCAUAAUGGACAUCACCAAUGUAUGACAACUGAAAAUAACAGCAACUUCACUGCCAACAGAGAUCAAGAACAUGUAGCAUCACAGAAAAUAUCUACAUUUAUACCACUUCAUUUUAGUAAUUCUCAUCAGAUUAUUAAACCUGCCUUUUCUCAUGCCAAAAGAUGCGAUUUUAAUAAACAUGGAAAUAUAAUUACCCAUCCAUUAAUGCAUAAUCAAAGUCCAUAUAUAGAUAUUUGGAAAACUCAUGACAUACAUAAUGAAAAUGGGAAGGCCUUUAAGGAUAGCUGUGCUCUGCAUAAUUACCAGGAUACUCAUAUUGAACAAAAAAUACAUCCAUGCAAUAAAAUUAUUGAAAAAUUUAACCAUGGCUCAAAUCCUAGUAAUCAACAUUUUUCAGAGAAUAUUUAUAAAUGUGAUACAUGUGGGAGAGUCUUUGACCAGUGCUCACAACUUACUACCCAUCAAAGUACUCAUUUUCAAGAAAAGCUUUAUAACUGUAAAGACUGUGGCAAAGCUUUUGUUGAUGACUUUACCUUUAAUCAACAUCAGUGCAUUCAUACUGGAGAGAAGUCCUGCAAACCUAAAGAUAAUAAUAAAGCCUUUAAACAUUGCUUAACCACUAUUGAACAACAGUUAGAUUUCACUGGAGAGAAAUCCUACAAUUGUAAAAAUUCUGACAAAAUGUUAAUUCAAACCUCAACAUUUACUGAGCACCAGACACUUCAUACUGGAGGUAUAGAGAAACCUUAUAAAUGUAGAAAAUCUGGAAAAGCCUAUGUUCAGAAGUCAGUACUUACUGAACACCAGAGAAUACAUACUAAAAAGAAAUCCUACAAAUGUAAAGUAUGUGACAAAACUUUUAGCCAAAUUUCACCUCUUACACAGCACCAGAGAAUACAUACUGGAGAGAAACCUUACAGUUGUAAAGAAUGUGGCAAAGCCUUUAGAUACUGCACAACCAUUAUUCGACACCAAAGAAUUCAUACUGGAGAAAAACCCUACAAGUGUAAAGAAUGUGGCAAAGCCUUCAUUCAGAGGUCAACACUUAUUCAACACCAGAGAAUUCAUACUAAAGAGAAGCCCUACAAAUGUACAAAAUGUGACAAAACCUUUAAUCAAACUUCACAUCUUACUCGCCACCAGAGAACACAUACAGGAGAGAAACCUUACAAAUGUAAAGAAUGUGGAAAAGCAUUUAGAUAUUGUACAACCAUUACUCGACACCAAAGAAUUCAUACUGGAGAGAAACCCUACAAAUGUGAAGAAUGUGGGAAAUCCUUUAAUCAAAGUUCAACACUUACUCAACACCAGAGAAUUCAUACAGGAGAGAAACCCUACAAAUGUAAACAAUGUGGCAAAGCGUUUGAUCGAAGGUCAAAUCUUAGUAACCAUGAGAGAAUACAUAGUGGAGAGAAACCAUACAAAUGUAAAGAAUGUGGCAAAGCUUUUAAGUAUUGUUCAACCAUUAUUGGACACCAAAGAAUUCAUACUGGAGAGAAACCCUACAAGUGUAAAGAAUGUGGUAAAGCCUUUAAUCAAAGCUCAACCCUUACUAAACACCAGAGAAUUCAUACUGGAGAAAAACCCUAUAAAUGCACGGAAUGUGACAAAACUUUCAAUCAAAUUUCUCAUCUUUCUCGGCACCAAAGAACGCACAUUUCCAAUCUCACACAGCAUCAGUAAAUUCAUGUUAGAUAAAAAUCCUCUAAAGGUAAAUCUGGCAAAGCCUGAAACAAUUUUUCACAUUUUAAUCAACAUGAGAGAAUUUAUACUGCAGAAAAACA